AUGGACGACGAUUUAUUUGAUUGCUUAGUUUCGUCAUGUGUUGUACCAAAUUUGAAAGAAAGAAGAAAUGUUUCCUCUUCAAUCUUAAAGUUUUUAUUUGAGAAUCCAUAUGGAAGAGAUGGCGAUUUCAAAUUUUGUGUUGUGCAAGCAUUGUUUGCAAAGAAGGAUUUUAAAAAACUUAGAGAGCUUUCGGAAUUAUUAUUGGAAAAUGAAGAUGCAGAGCUAAUUCUUUUGGCUGUGAAAGAAAUGAUAUCUGCAUUUUACUAUUUUUAUAACUAUUUUGAAAAUGAUCCAAAUUGUUUGAAGGAAAUGUUGGAAAUCAUUUCAAUUUACAGUAAUUUUUCAGAGAGAAGUUUUACAAUAAUUGAAGUUUUAUCCAUUGUAAAAUUAUUGAACUCUCUUUCGAAAGACAUCAAAUCAUUUAUCAAGAUCUAUGAUCAUUUGUUGACAAUGAAUACUAAGGCAAUCGGGUUGGAGAUGGAAAAUGAGCUUUUUCAAGAUUCAAUUGUUCAAACGGCUAUACAUUUCAAUACAUUCGAAUCUAUACUCCAAAGAAAGAAUUAUAAAGACUCAUUCACGGAAAUGUGUAAGAAUGGAAGUAUUUUUGACAAGAUAUGGAGUAAGGUUAUCAAAUAUGACGAUACAAUUCAAUGCUUUCGUCUAGUUUAUCAACAUGUAGAGGUGGAACAAUUCGAAUCGCGAAUGAAUAAUAUUAGAAAGGUUCUUGGACUGAAAAACUUUCAACUCUAUUUGAAAAACUCUAAUUUACAACAGUUAACACAAACUGUCAUGAAACAAUGUGCUUCAUAUAAGGAAACAAGUCCCAUUAAGCGUAAAAUUAAUUUUAUCAAUAAUUACUUGAAUCAAAUCACAAACCAAUCAAAGUGA